AUGCUACGCAUUAAGGAUGAGAAACUGGAUUCUUCGCAUCAUCAUACCCUGCAACUGCAGAAGACACACAGAGGAAAGUGGCUGGGAUCAUUAAAGAUCGCCAAUUCCAGGUUUGUUGGUCGAAGAGGAUGUCCGAGCCGAGUCCAUUGCGACAACGCGACGAACUUCGUCGGAGCAAGUCGCCAUCUGGAGGAGCUAAGGAGGCGAGUCGAGGCCGAGGAGAACGCAGUUCGCGACUUCGCAUCAAGAAGCGGAUGCGAAUUUGCGUUCAUACCGCCGAGGGCUCCUCACUUCGGAGGACUAUGGGAGGCAGGUGUGAAGUCUGCAAAGCACCUACUCCUACGGACGGUGGGCAACGCCCUGCUCACGCUCGAGGAGCUGCAGACAGUGGUCGUGGCGGUCGAGGCGGUGCUCAACUCCCGCCCGCUAGGAGCCGUAAGCCAAGACCCCAACGACGGCGAGGCGCUAACCCCCGGGCAUCUACUGGUGGGCGGACCACUGGUGGCACCGGCAGCAUCGCGGACCCCGGACCAGGAGGGUCUGAGUUGCUUAAGGCGAUGGCGAGCUGUCUCGUCGCUCAAGCGAGCGUUCUGGCAGCGAUGGUCCGGGAGUAUGUGCUCGGCCUGCAGGCACGGGCCAAGUGGGACCAGUUGCAGCCGAAUCUGCAAGUCGGAGAGCUCGUCGUCGUCGCAGAAGACAACCAGCCGCCGAUGCAGUGGAUGGUGGGUCGAGUCGUGGCGGUGUAUCCAGGAGCGGACGGGGCGGUGCGCGUCGCAGACGUGCGAACCAGCACAGGAGGGCUGUUUAAACGGCCAAUACACAAAUUGGCGCCUCUGCCAAUCGGAUGAAGGCACAGCCGUUCAUCGGGGCCGGUGUUGGCGCAUUUGAUAGUUAUUAGUUAAGAGCAUGAAAUACCAAAUGAAGUUGUUAGAAUUAGGGCGAAGCGAGAGCGCAAUAAAGCUUUCGUUUGUUGCUCUCUGAGCGAAUUCGCCUCGCUUCGCCGCUCUAGUUAAGUUAGGCUUAAUGUCAC